UUCUUUCCAUUUCUCCGACCGUCCAAUUGAAUUUGCGUUGCCCACACACAUAUUAUACACAGUCGUUUGCUAGAGCUCAUUCAGUCGGUGUCCAGUCCGCAACCGGUACAUUCGCCGCCGAUCGAACGAGUCGCCAAUAAUUCGACGCUAACAGUGUUCGGUCCGUGUUAAUGUCUACGUGAUAUAAUUUGUCAUUGAAAUACGGUCAUCUGAAGACUCAUUGAAUUUUAUUUGAUACCGUCAACACGUCAAUACAUAUUAUAACCGUUUAAACAAGGAUUACCUACUAGCAAUGAGGAAUUGUACAAAAAAGUUAUUCACAUAUUGUAAUAGAUAACUAAAUUCACACUAAAUAGGAAUGAGAAAUUUAAACAAACUGUUGUUGGGUGCGUUGCUUAUACUGUCGACUUGGCUGAAGAGCAAUGCAACUAGUGCAAGUGACGACCCAACAAACCAAUCACACUCGCGGAAGAAGCGAUUGAUUUGGAUCACCACAGACGGUCGUUUGGCUCUACCGCCUGGCACCAGACUUACCAUAACACCGUCGUUAUCUCUUCCUUUUGUCAGGUAUCCUCCAAACGGAUUCCUAUCAAACAUGUCAAUCAGUCUUCCUUUUACAAUUGACUUUGACGCUCUUGGAUUAACUGAUAACCAGAAUCCUUUUGGAGCAUUUCCUCCUUUGCUGGCCAGAAGUAUGGGCAGACAGGCCGGUUCGGUACUAGCAGAUUAUGUUGCUCAACUAAUGGGAGGUCGAAGAUCAACCAGAUCCGUGCCAAACUUACCCAAGCCAAUACACUCAUACUUUCAAGGAGGAGAGAGGGCACUAUUGUACUCUGUAGUUGAAGAUUUAUUGGCCAAUUUUGGUAUGGACGGAAAGGCUUGUUUGUUACGAGCCAUCUGUGAAGUUCACGGCCACCAAGCCAUUCACAAGUUCGGAUUCAUCGGCGAAUUUCUGCAAUUGUUCCUCACGGCUAGCAGAUCAUCGUAUGCCGAUUUAAUGGAAGACUACGUGACCGCUGAGUCAGUGGGCAAGAACAGUAAAGAAUGUUACCCCUACUUCAAAGAAUGUCCGAAGUCGCUAUUUACCAACAAUCACAAUUACUCUAAAAACGAAGAAUGGUCACCGGACGAAGAAACUGCGGAAACAGUUGAUGCAGAUGUUGACGAUGAUCAGGCUAACAAAAUAACAGAAGACCAAAAUGAUUCGAAGAGCGGUUCAUCAAAAGUGACGUUGGCCCCAGAACCAAUGGCCAUGUAAUACAAUUAGUGUCCACUAAAAGUCGUUUCAAUUAUUAUUAUUAUAUUAAAUUUAUCUUUUGUAUGGGAAAAAUUGUUGCAAGUCUUCUUGGCUUUGUAUAUUUUUUUUUUUGCUCUCCUACCAAUUCGUGCGUGGCCAACAAACGUUUUGGUAUGUAAUCGUCGUAUCGCCUACUGCAUCCGAGCACUUACUAGUUCUAUCAUAUUUAUGUUAUUCCUAGAUUUAAAAUAGAAAACCUUUGCUAAAAACGUAAUAUCCACUAAACAAUACAGUUAGAUCCAUAAGAGUCAUAUGUAUUAUAUAUUUUUACAAAAUUUUGCUUACCUUGAUUAAGCGUGACAAACAAUAGUAUUUUUCUACGGCACAAUGUUUAAGCGAAUUUCAAUAAAAAUGUAGUGACAAUAGGCCAUAGACGAUGACCAAUCGUAAUAAACUAUCAUCUUCUAGUUGGGGUUAUCUCGUAUAUUUUUGUAAUAACAUUUUUCAUUCGUUUUCAACAAUAGAAAAUCAUAAAACUAGAACUAGUUAUCACCAAUAAGUUUAUUUUACCAUCGCACAAAUUAUUAAUUUCAAUUUUUAAUUACUAUUUUUUGAUAUGUAAACAACACAUGUUUAAUUACAAAAAAAAACACAAACAAUUUUUUUUUUUAAUCUUAAAAUAAUUAUUUGUUCUAUUACUUUUGUUAUAUUACCUAAAACUAUAUAAAUUAAUUGAAUGAAAAUUGGCGGCGGGAUUAGGUUAUUUAAAUUAUAAUUAUAUACAUAACCAAAGGGCAUCCUCGGGGGAAGAUACGAGUUAAAAACUUCCACGAAAGAACUAACUUCGAAUUUAGUAUAAAUUUUAAUUUUGACUUGAGGGAUAGUAAAACAUUUCCUGAAGUUUUCUCUUCCCUUGAAAAAUUCUGAAAACGCCAUUCACAAAACCCAGUUGUUUUUAAUGAUUAACUAAAAUUGGUUUUCCAUAAUAUUUAAACCAAUUUCAUCAAUAAUUUAUUUGGUAUAUUAUACAAGAUUAAUUAUCUAUAAUACCUAAUAUUAUGAAUUUUUACAGAACAAUAUUCAUUGGACAACUUAAAAGAGUAUUAUUAGUAAUGUAAUCGUCUAAAUAAAUUACUAAUACAUAUAUAAAUUAUUAAGAGAAAAAUAUUUUUUCUAAUAUUUCUACCAUUCUAUAAAUAAAUUGAUCUUUUGAUAGACAGCCGUAAUUUUUAGCAUCAAAAGACACCCAACUAUUAAAAAUAUUUGCUGUUGAAAAUGGUUUAAUUUACAUAAUCUUUCCGGCGAUUAGUUAAUCAGUAAACUUGUAAAAUUUUAUUUAUUUAUUUGUAAUGUAUGAUUCCCACAAACGGAACAAGAAGAGGACUUAAAAUUUUCUUCAAUUUUUAUAAUUUGAAAUAAUUUUUAUCUUCUCUUUUUGUUUUGUUUGUAAGUAUUGAAAAAAAAAUGUAUAGUGUUAGUUUUAAACAAAUUGUAGUUAUUUACUAUUGUAGAUAAUCUCAUAUGAAUUAUUGUCAAUUUUAGAAAUUAGGUUGUGCCAUUUAUAGUUUAAAUUAAUUGGUUUUAAUUUUAUCAUGCUGAUAUUUAUAACUAUUUCUGUAGAUAAUAAGAUUAGCCAUGUAACUUACCUACCUUGUUGACUUAUUGUAAUAAAUUAUACAUUUGGCCAAUUUA